GGUUAUCAUAUACAUACUCAGAAUUGCCGAAAACUAUAUUUUUUGUCUUAACACCUUGCUUACGUUAUUGAAACAAACGGAACCUAGCUUCAAACUGGAAGGAGGUUUAUUACAAUAGCUGUAUCAUUUAGAAAAGUGCGUACCUAUUAUAGAAAUAAAUAUACAAAAUUUAUAAUGGAUUCAAUAAGUGUACAAGAAGAAUUUUUUACAGAUGUUGUUUUACAUAAUGACAAAAUACGUAGUGAACUUCCACCCAAAGUAAAAAUAUCCAGAGGGAAUGACAUACUAUUUCACGUUUUUUUUUUCUUGAUGGGAGUAUGUCAUUUUAUAGCUAUGACGUUCUUUUCCGCUGCAAAUAACUUUUGGCUGCACAAGUUUAGAAAUUUAGAUGAUGAUACGAACUCAGCUGAAAACCGAACAUUUUUGCAACAAAAUUUUGGAUCUGCUAGUAUGAUAGCAAAUACUAUUCCUGUUUUAGCUCUAGGAAUAUUUAACAUUGUAUAUGGAAAUAAAUUUAAAAUUAUAAAUAGGAUCAUGCUAACAUUUGGAAUUGAGUUAGUUAUAUUUAUUUUUUUCACGAUCAGCACACAAGUCGACACGGAUGACUAUCAGGUAGCAUUCUUCUGUUCAGUUAUGCUAUUUUAUGCAGUAAUAUCGGGAGCAGUAACAGUAAAUAUGGUUGCAUCGAUGAAUUUGUAUACGAGAUUUCCACAUAAGUAUAUGAAAACAGCUUUCAUAGGGGAAGGCUGUUCUGGAAUUGUAGGAUCAGUUUUGAAUGUUAUAAGCAUUGCAAUAUUUAAUGGUCAAUUAAUACCAGCCACUUUAAUGUACUUUAUUUGUGGAUCACUUGUUGUUGGUGCGACAUUCGUAAUGACGAUUAUAGUAUCUAGAAACAGUACAUUUAGAGCCUGUAUUGAGUCUGUUACUGAAUCAAAGAAAAUUCCAACUAUGAGUCAACUUAAAGAAGCAUUAUGGAAGAUAAGGUUUGCAGCAUAUAUGAUGGCCUUAACAUUUUUAGGAACUUCUGCAACGCAUACUUCUGUUACGUCCUUGGUAGUUUCAGAAGUAGACAGCGGAACAAGUUCCUGGGCCAAAAACUACUUCAGUCCUGUAAUGACAUUUUUAUUGACAGACAUAGCAUUACUGUUUGGAAGGAUUGUAUCUUCAUUUUUACCACUUAAUAUUCCUGACUAUGUUCUUUUAAUAUUAGCUACUUUAAGAACGUUAACGGUUGUGCCCGCAAUUUGGUUUUGUAAUGCCCAACCACGAAACCAUCUUCCAAUUUUAUUUAAACACGACUACCAAUAUGGAAUCAUUAUAACAGUUUCGAUGUUUUUAAUGGGCUAUUUUCUUAAUACGUCAUUUUUACAUAUUGCAACUACUAUAAAAGAUCCAAACGAGGCAGAUAUUGCUUUUACAGUAUUCGGCUUAUGUGUAAACACCUUACAAACUAUAACCUCUCCUAUAGGUAUCUUUAUUGUAAAUAUUCUAUAAAAUUCUUUCAGUAGGAAAACACUUUUCGUAAUGGUAAGAUCUUUGAUGAAGGUAUCAGUUUGAAGCAGCAGCAGCAGUCAUUUUUUUAUUUAUAUUAAAUAAUAUUUUUGUGAAAAUAUAUGUUUGUUUAUUUUUUA